CUGGCUUCAUCUGCAUGUGAACCAGCUGGCCUAAGAAGGCUAAUGGCUGAGGAGUCACGGGGAGCAUUGCUCCAACUCCGGCAGGUUUCACCCACAACACUCCGCAUCUUGGUGGCUCUCUGAUAUGGAUGGAGGAAGGGCAUAUAGGCCUCCGACUCUAGGGGCUGCCUAGUAUAACAUACAUUCCUUUGCUUCAUCAGCGCUUCAUGUUCUGUGUUCGUGGUCAAACACCUUGAUUCCCUCAAGCUGCUGAAUCCCUAUGGUUCCUUGCCGCCAAACCAUGGCCCAAACACCUUUAACCCCUUUCCAUGGCCGCCGGAGUGUGGUACAUAGUCUCAAUAGCAUGAUUGCAUGCUCGCCGCCCUUGGCGGCGAUGGCUGGUCACAGAAUUCACAGUCAAGGCGGCAAUGCUGCGGUAUGUAUCAGCCACGCAUCAGCCGCUGCACUGAACGCGACCGAGCCAGCCUCAACCGGAACCGGGGGCGACAUGUUCUGUCUCUUCUACGAUGCACCCACCCUAGGAAUGAGUGCGUUGAAUGGACCUGGCCGUGUUCCAAAAACAAUCACGCCGGCGCUGAGGGAGGUGGACACCAUAGUGUGGUCUAUGUGGAGGACGGCAUUGAGGAAAAGGUGA